AUGCUUUCAAUACCAAAGACGAUAGGCGAGUUCUCGGUCUUGCCACUGAGUAUGUCGCCUUUACCGUCAUAUCCUCAAACCACCACACAUUAUGUCUACGCCCGACGACAUGCGCCAAACCGUCCCACCGCCGACGACGACCGCAGUCUUUUCCUAACCAACGUCCCCGUCGACAGCACAGAAGCGCACUUCCGCGCCAUAAUCGCCACCCUUGCUGGUAACGGCAAGUUCGAGUCCAUAUCAUUCGAGUCAGACAGAAAGGGGAAGCCAGUCUCUCUGGAGCCCGCCCAGGCCGCACGGCUCGCCUCCGUUGCAUCACGGAAACGCAAGCGCGACGAGUCCGAUUCCGAAUCCGAGGACGAGGUAGAGCAAGUGGCGCGGCUGCCCCCAACAUGGACGCGAGAGCUGCACCGGAGUGGCAGCACAGCGGUCAUCGUCCUCGCCGACAAGAAGAGUGUGGAGAUUGUGCUGAAGGCCAUCGCAAAGGUUCACAAGAGCAAGAAAUACCCGGUCUGGGGCGAGGGUGUCAAAGAGAAGGUCCCACCGCUGGGGCCUCACUGGAUCCAGGCGCACAACAAGCUAUCCUUCCCACCCACGGAGAUCCUUCAGCAGUCCGUGGACGCAUUCUUCACCGUGUUCAACCGCAAAGAGAAGGAGGCCGCAGAGAUGGCCAAGAGGCUGCGUAACGAGCCGGAUGAGGACGGCUUCGUCACGGUCACGAGGGGCGGGCGCGCGGCCCCGGCGAGGAGGGACGAGGCCGAGGAGGCGCGCAAGAAGAUGCUGGACCGCGAGCAGAAGAAGAAGGAGGAGCUGACCAACUUCUACCGCUUCCAGCUGCGCGAGAGGAAGAAGGCGGAGCAGGCCGAGCUGAUCAAGAAGUUCGACGAGGACAAGAGGAAGGUCCAGGCCUUGAGGCAGAAGCGCGGCAAGUUCAGGCCCGAGUCUUGA